AAAGCCAAACCAAAACCCAAAACCAAAGCCAAAGCUGCUGCAAACAAAAACGCUUCCCUUUCGGCUUUGCUUUAGAUUUCAACUCUUAUAUCAUUUUAUCAGCCCAAAUGUAAAUAUAAUUCCCUUUCUUUUAUUGCUUUGUUUUUCUUCAUGGCUUCAGCUUGUGUUAACAACAUCGGCGUCUCGCCGGAGAGUUUCCAGCCUACAACAAGUUACUCUACAUACAGUUGGUUGAGUCCUAGGAUUUCCCUCAGCCAAGAAGAGGAGUCAUCUAAGUCUAGACCCAAGUCCCCGGCUGAUCCGUCUUCCAAAGAUCCUCUUCCUGAUUCUGAUCCGCCAGAGAUCCAAGAUACAGUAGCUGGUGACUUUGAGUUCAGGCUUGAUGAAGAUCCUGUCACCAUGCUUCCAGCUGAUGAGCUUUUUUCUGAUGGUAAGCUCGUGCCUUUACAUUUCUCAACUCUGAAACAGCAUCCUCCUGUGAAUGCUUUGUCUGAAAUCAGGUCCCCCGAAACAGCCAAAUCUUGCCAUAGAAUAGGAAUGGAGAUUUCUGGCACGGAUCCUUACUUGUUUUCUCCUAAAGCUCCAAGGUGUUCAAGCAGGUGGAGGGAACUUCUGGGUCUUAAAAAGUUUUCCCAUUACACUAAUCAACCUCCGAAAUCCGACUCUCAAAGCAAAAUCUCAUUAUUAUCUAAUAAUAACCCGAAAUCUCUCAAGCAUUUCCUUAAUAGAAACUCCAAAUCCUCCUCUUCCACUGCUUCCUGGGCAGACUCUACAUUGAGUCUUCCCUUGUUGAAAGACUCAGAUUGUGAGUCACUCUCUAUAUCUUCAUCAAGGUUAUCGCUUUCUUCUUCAUCUUCCGGCCAUGAACAUGAGGAUCUUCCAAGGCUAUCACUUGAUACCGACAAGCCAAGUUUAAACAACCCCAGCCCCAAUCCAUUUGCUCCUUGUAGAAACAUAAACCCAAACCCACCAAGAAUGAGGAUUUUUAAACCAAGACCAGGUUCAUCAGUGUCGGACACCAAUCAAACAGCAGCUGGUGGGACUCGAAUGGAACGGAGUCCGAUCCGGAUGGAUUCAUCAGGUGGAGUAACAAUCAGGGGAGUUUCAGUAGAUAGUCCAAGAAUGAAUUCUUCAGGGAAAAUCGUGUUUCAUAACCUGGAAAGAAGUUCAAGUAGUCCAAGUAGCUUUAAUGGUGGUCCCAGGUUUAAACAAAGAGGAAUGGAAAGGUCAUAUUCAGGUAAUGUUAGAAUCAACCCAGUUCUUAACGUCCCUGUUUGUUCCUUGAUAGGAUCAUCAAAAUCAGGCUCAGUUUUUGGAUUCGGACAGUUCCUUUCAACUUCUUCUCCACAAAAGACUGCAAAUGGAGGAAGCAGCAAAGGGCAUCAGGGUAACAGCAGAAACAAAACAACGGAUCGAAAUCAUUAAAAAAGAACCAAAAAAAAAAAAAAAGAAACGAGAUUUGGUAACAAAUUAGUACCAAGUAUUAAUUGUAGUAAUGGUAACAUUUUUAACAUUUUCAUGUACUGUUUUUGAGAUUUAAUGUCAUGCGUUCUUUUUUCUUUUUUUUAAUUCCCUUCGAGGGUUCUCAAGUGAUUCAAGUUUGCUAUUCCCACGUUUCUUGUAGCUGUCCUUCUCUUUUGGAAACAAAAAAAUUGUAGAAUUUUGAUGUGUAUACCCUUUUUUUUCCUUGUUCAUGGUUGUUUUAAGUUUUUAAAAAAUUUGUCAGCAUUUUGCUGAUUUUCAAUGGAAAAAGAAAUGAAAAUCCGAGAGUUUGGAAGAAGUUCGUUUAUGUUUUUUUUUUUUUUUUUUUUGAGAUUGUAAGGUUUUUUUCCAAUCUGAUCUGAAAGGUAUGGAAUCUCUGUUUUUCGCCGUUCUUGAUAGAGUUGAGAAUUUGGUGGGCUGACUGAAUUUUGGGAUGCACGCGCACGAAAUCGCGUCUGUCAGGAUUGUUCUGUUUUUAUAAUGUCAUGUACUACUGGAGCUUAUCUAAUCUGUCUCUUUCAUUAAAUUUUCAUUUAAUAUUUUAAUAUUUUUUGAGAUUUGAUGUUUACUAUGGAGAGGUUUUUUGGG